AUGGGCGUUCCAAAGUUCUUCAGAUGGCUCUCAGAGCGUUAUCCAGCAAUUUCGCAGCUCAUUGCAGAGAAUCGCAUUCCCGAGUUUGACUGCCUCUACCUCGACAUGAAUGGGAUCAUCCACAACUGCACACACAAAGACUCAGACUCGCCCACUUUUCGCAUGACGGAAGAUAAAAUGUUUAUCGCUAUAUUCAACUAUAUUGAACAUCUUUUCGGCAAAAUCAAGCCAAAGAAACUUUUCUUCAUGGCGAUCGACGGUGUCGCCCCUCGAGCGAAAAUGAACCAACAACGAGCUCGCCGCUUUCGGACGGCGUUAGAUGCAGAAAUGGCGAAAGAAAAGGCAAUUCGAGAGGGAGUCGAGAUGCCCAAAGAGGAUGCUUUUGAUAGCAACUGCAUCACUCCGGGAACGGAGUUUAUGGCGAAGCUCACGAAACAAUUGAAAUAUUUCAUCAACAAGAAGGUAUCAGAAGAUGCAGAAUGGCAGGGAGUGGAGGUCAUUCUCUCGGGUCAUGAGGUCCCGGGUGAGGGAGAACACAAGAUUAUGGAAUAUAUCCGACAGUCGAAAGCCCAGCCGGGCUAUGAUCCGAACGUCCGCCAUUGCUUAUACGGUUUAGAUGCUGAUCUAAUCAUGUUAGGUUUAUUAAGCCACGACCCCCAUUUCUGUCUACUUCGUGAAGAAGUCACAUUUGGCAGGCAAAGUCAAAAGAAAGUGAAGGAGUUAGAGCAUCAAAAUUUCUACCUUUUGCAUUUAUGCAUUGUUAGGGAGUAUUUGGAACUUGAAUUUCAGGAAUUGGAAGUAGAGGGAGCUCUGAAAUUCGAUUUCGACAUGGAGCGGAUAAUUGACGAUUUCAUUCUGAUGGCUUUCUUUGUUGGCAAUGAUUUCUUACCCAAUCUUCCGAACUUGCAUAUAAACGAAGGCGCAUUGGCGUGGAUGUUUAAGGUAUACAAAGAAGUUUUACCAAAACUGGAUGGAUACAUCAAUGAACGCGGGCGGAUCAAUUUGGAUCGCUUGGGUGUUCUUCUCGACUCGCUGGGCGAUGUCGAGUUCCGGUUCUUCGAGGCCGAGUAUUCCGAUGCUCGAUGGAUUAAAUCCAAACAAAACGUUGGAGAAGAGGUCCAGGAUAUCUCACGCGACCCUAAAACCCUAACCAUCUCCCCAGCCCAGAAACAUAUUCUCAGCAAAGUCAAAAAAUACAUCUCUCAUUGUCCGGUUAAUGACGAUGGCCAGUCCAUUCCGCUGGACCUCUCGCCGUCUCUUCCGGCAAGGGAUAGGAAGUUCGUUGAGCAACUCGCGGACGACCUACGUAUUCCUUGGGCCUCGGUAGCCAACGACCAUGGCGAUCGCUUCUUGAGACUCCAGCUGCCUUCGAACCAGAGGACGGCAAACGAUGAUGAUUCAGGCGAUGAAGACGAAGAGGCCCAGAUCGCCGUGCUGCGCGUUCUCAAGAAAUAUGACAACGCGACGGUCAAGGAGACUACUGCGGAAGAUGCUCAACAAGCCGCAGAGAAGAAAUACGAGCAAAAGUUCCAAGAGUGGAAAAAUAAGUAUUAUCAGGAGAAGUUCGAGUGGGGCACAGACAACGAGGAAGAGAUGCGAAAUAAGAAGAUAGUACCAGAGGCCUAUCACUCAUUGAUGACGUCUCCCGACUCUCCUAUUAUCGAUUUCUACCCUCGAGAUUUUGAAUUGGACAUGAAUGGGAAAAAGAUGGAGUGGGAAGCUGUUGUUAAGAUCCCAUUUAUCAACGAAACCCGCCUUUUGAAUGCGAUGGCCACAAAGGAGCACUUGCUCACGCCAGAGGAAAAAUCAAGAAACAGUUUCGGCGUUACGCUGAAGUUUACUCACUCGCCUGAUAUUGAAUUUACCUAUCCUAGCUCGCUAGUGGGCAUAUUUCCGGAUAUCCCCAAGUGCCAUUGCAUAGAAAAUGUCUACGAGUUGCCAACAAUGGAGGGACUAGAGCCCUAUGUUGGACUGGUAGAUGGCGCUAAAGUGGGUGUUGAGGCGCUGGCCGGAUUCCCCAGCCUGAAAACGUUGCCACAUUCAGGUCAAUUGGGCUUCCAUGGCGUUACAGUGUUCCAGCAGGAAAGCCGCAAUGAAACUAUGGUCGUUACUCUUAUGGAAUCAGAAAUUCGCGCGCGUACUGAGAUUGCCAAGGCGAAAAUAGGGAAAAGGGUGCAUGUCGGGUACCCUUUCCUUCACGAAGCACUGGUCGUGUGCGUCUCGGACGAGCUUUUCGACUAUGUUCAGGUGGACGGUGAGCAACAUAUUGUUCCAAUUCCGCAUGGCCCUGGGCAAAUAGAGCAUUGGAAAAGAAAAGCGGACAGGAUUGAAUCAUAUUACAGCAAGAGGUUGGGCAUGAUAAUUGGCGAAGUAGAGUCGAUCGUGCACGUCCACGUCCUAAAAGGCCUUGUCAAAACGGAGCUUGGAGCUACUGUAAAAGAAUUCGCAGAAAUUCCCGGUAUCGAAACGGAUUACGCCUCGCAAUUGAUCGUGGACGAAGUUAUCAGCCAGGACGAUCGCUUCAUUGAACGGGAGGCAAUUCCUAUUGAGGAGGAAUUUCCAGAGGGCACCAAGGCUUUCUUUUUAGGCGAAUUCAACUAUGGCUCUCCGCUACAUAUUACGGGCCAUGAAGACGGCAAAAUGUUCGGCCUUGUUUCUACCAUCAAAGGCUCAAAAGGAACCCGAUUUCGGCCGCGAGCAGUUGCCCGAAGUUUACGGCUAAACCCACUGACGGUUGCCAAAAUUACAUCCUCGUUCUCCGUCAUGUCGGAAGGCAAGCGCGUUAAUUUGGGAUUAAAUCUCAAAUUCGAAGCGAAAAAGCUGAAAGUGUUGGGCUACUCCCGCCGCGGGCAAAGCGGGUGGGAAUUCAGUGAGAAAGCAAUAAGCCUUCUACAGGAAUACAUGAUCAAAUUCCCGGAUUUCAUUGCAGGAAUUCAGCGAAAGCCCCAAGGAGACCUUUUUGAGCCUACAGAUUUCUACCCACCUGAAAUCGCGGCGGCUAAAAUUAAAGAAAUCCAAACUUGGCUGAAGUCCGUGGAAGCGAAAAAUUUCGAACGGGUCCCCUUGGAAGCUGAACAACUUGACUCGGAUGUCGUGGGCGCGAUUGAAGCUGCCGCAGAUGAAUGGUUUCGUCAUAAGCGCACCGGCAUUCCCCAGAAGAUAAAAGGCGUUCCACGGAAUGCUGUCCUGAAACCUGCAGAUGCUGAACAUCGGUUGGGAAAUCAAAUAUUCGGCCUUGGUGAUAGAGUUAUUUAUGCACAGGAUUCCGGCAAAGUUCCAAUUGCUACUAAAGGUACCAUAGUUGGUUUGACGCGUACAGCUAGAACAGUGCUGCUAGAUGUGAUCUUCGACGUUUCUUUCAUGAGUGGCACUACACUUGCCGGCCGUUGCUCGCCAUUCCGCGGCCAAACAGUUGCCGCAUCCUCGGUGUUGAAUCUCACAUACAAACAACUUAUUGCCAUGACUCGAGCGUCCAAUGAGCAGGUCAGGGCACAGCAACAAGCUCCAGCUCAACAAGGCUACGGUGCUCCUCUUGGUCCUGGUGGAGCAGGACAGUUGAGGGACGCUCCCACGCCGCCACCAUUAAGAGGGUCAUAUCGAUCUGCCGUCAACGGGCAAGACAACUCAAGAGGAAUGGCCCGUGGGCGCGGUAGUCCCCGUGUUUUGCCAUUCCGUCAUCAACCGCAUCAUGAUCACGCACCACCCCAGGCGUCAGAAACCUCCCCGGGACGGAACUGGCGGGGCAACGGCCACCACCACCACCAGCAGCACCAUCACCACCAACAGCAGGGCAAUGAUAGCACUCGUCAGAAUACGGACAGUGAAACGGCCGCACGCCCAGCGGCGUCUCGCGGUCGUGGUCGCGGAAGAGGAGGAAUCGGAUCAACCCAGCUUCCUCAUUCGCGUGGUGGGUAUGUAUCUGUGGAGAAGGUCGACCCUGGUGCAGGCGUUAUAAUGAAUAACCCGAAUUUCAGGCCAAGAUCUCACAAUGCUGUUCCACCCCCUGCAAACUUGAACCAACGGGGUGCAUACCGCGGUAGAGGGUUUGCUAAUCGUGGAUCCCCACGCGGGAGAGGUCGUGGGAGAGGAACAGCGACUGCUGAGAGCCAAAAGACCUGA